AUGCAAUGGUUAAAGGACAUCCCAUCAGACUGGCAAGUUGUAGUUUACGAGACAUGCAGACAGGCAAUUUCCCCACAAUUUUCCAAGCCAUUCAAGAAUGCUGGGUCGGAAGAAUGCACGGGGUAUCUUCAAACCAUUAUCGAAAACUACGACAAUCUACCAGAUAUCAACAUUUUCUUUCAGUCUGAUGGCUUUAUUGGAUUGGGUCGAAAGGACUACUGGGGGGAACACUCCCCCUUCAAGAACGUCCAAGAGCUGCUGAAUGCGACCCUGGAAUAUUCCGAAACAUGGGAGGGAUCCAUGUUUCUACAUUAUGGACCAGGGGGAAUUCCCGCCGGGCAUUUACGGAUUGCGAAUGUCAACAGCGAUAAAAAUGCCUAUACUGAACGAAACCCACGAGACGUCUUUGACAUUAUGCAACUGCCGUAUUACAAGGGUGAUGACAACAUCCAAUCCACCGAUCCAAACGUAACCCGUACCGAGACCCGUUCUGGGGCUUGCUUUGCGGCGUCACGAGAAAGAAUUCAUUGGAGGCCUGUCGAAACUUACAAGAAGUUACAACAAAGCAUCCUUGCCCUGGAUAGUAAUCAGGCUCGCCGGAGGUGCUGUGCACUGGAAAACACUUGGCAUGCCGUUCUUGGAGAACCAUACAUUCUACCCUCCAGUCACACAGUGGACCAUUUGUGGCUUGGCAAGAAACAUUAUUACCCAGGAAUUUCUCGGGCAUGGUUCGACCGUCAACCACCCAAUAUCCAAGAGCAAUUCAGGUCCCAAGUAGCAGCCGCACAAACCAAUCCACCAGUUCAAACCACACCUCCAUCUGCAAAACCACCACCGAAAUAUGGUGUGACAGUGGUUCACUGCAAUGAAGACACUACUCGAAUGAGUUGGUUGAAUGAGAUUCCCCCCGACUGGAAAUUGACCGUGUGGGAGACUUGUGGACAAAGUGUCGCCUCUCCAGGCUCCAAACCUUUCAAAAAUGCCGGGUCGGAGGAGUGCUCGGGCUACCUCCAAACCAUUGUGGAAGACUACGACAACCUUCCCGAUAUCAACUUUUUCUUGCAAUCGGAUGCUCUGAUUGGACGAGGAAAACCCACCAAAGUGUGGCGUCACGAGCAUACUCCCUUCAAAACCUUUAUGGAGCUCCGUGUCGCUGCCGAAUCCUAUCGUUGGGAUUCCGCACGUUCCACAUUUCUUCAUUUUGGACCGAAACAAUUGGACAUUCCGAACAUUAAUGACAAGGAAUUUACAUUGGCAUACCAUCCAAGGGACAUUUUUGACAUUAUGGGCUUGCACUACUCCAAGGAUGCAACAACAGCAGGCAACACGACCACUCAGACUCGAACGGGUGCUUGCUUUGCCGUUACCAGAGAACAGAUCCGAUGGAAGCCCAAGGAGCACUACAAAAAGUUGCAGGAUAGCAUUCUGCUGGGAGAGAGCAGUCAGGCUCGAUAUAGGUGUUGGGCUUUGGAGAACACAUGGCAUGCGGUCUUGGGGCAGCCUUACAUGCUACCUUCCACAAGUACAGUGGACCACUUGUGGGAUGCAAGGCUGAAUCUCUAUCAUGGUCAAUAUGGCAAUCAGCAACAGCAGUGA